AUGGACGUCUACGCCCUCGUACGUUCUACAUAUCCUAUACCACCCACUAUGGGUACUGGACAAAGGGAAGUAUUGUAUGGAGACGACCAGUAUUAUGAGGACGCUGCAAUACUCUUUUACGGUCAAGCCGAUGAUGUGGAGAAAUUUUUUGUGGUUUUCAUUGUUCACAUUACAUUCGCCUCGACCAAAAUAAUCGAUUUAAUCUAUCCGGUUUUGCCUCUCGCGUUUGCGAUAGAUGCUACGAUGACUAUAGACCAGGAGGAAGAGGAUUCUAGAGAAUAUCAAGAUAGCGGAUAUAAUACAAGUAAUAGUUACGGUACCGAUAAAUCUUCUAAUAAUACGAAAUAUCCUAAUAGUGAUGAUGAUAUUCUAAAAGAGAAUACUACGGCCUUCCUAUUUUAUGCUGGGACUGUUAAUCGUUCUUGGAAUUCUGAUGAUGAAAAAUGCGAUGGAAUGCACUUACAGUACUUCACUAGUGGAUCUGAAUGA